CGUAAAAGAGUCCUAUAACGCAAGCGGGGUCAAGCAUCUUUGUUCAUUGUUGCUGUUUUUACUAUUUUUCAGCGUUAAGCAAUCUUCUACAAGAUACAGGAUGCAUUCUUGUGUAAUUUUUUUUUUAACAGUUAUAGCUUUAUCGAAUUGUACAUUUUCUGCUUAUGCCAACGAAAAUGCUGAAAGUUAUGUCGUCAACGAAGUAACUUCCGAAUUUAGAUUAAAUGACCUAUUCGUCAAUACGGACUUGAGAGAUAGAGUACAUAAAUCUGAGUUAUCUGAAAACUAUUCGUUUUGUCAAAAUGAUUACAUUUCAAAUCAGUUUUGCUUAAUUAAUACUGAGGCUCACCAGCCAACUUCAAUUUCCAAGAAUGAUAUAAAUUUUAAAUUCAUGGACAAUCUAUGGGAAACUCCUACGGAAUCCGUUACAAAAAGACUGAAUGGGCGACAUAUUUUAGAGACUGAUACCCCAGUAGCAGAUCAGACUCUCAAUAAUUCCGGUCUCAUUAUUGCUUACUGUAUUAUUGGCGUCAGUGUUGCCCUAUUCUUGAUUAUGCUAUGCGUUUGUGCUUUUAUUGAUAGGGAUGACUUUAAAGGGUACAACGCUUACGAACCUCCUUCUACUCAAGAGCAAGUGGAAAAACCCAGAGCGAAAUCGAAGAAGAAUUGA